UACAAUUUAGUUCCACCUUGAUGAACAAAGGAAAAGCAUCGUGGUUCAAGCAGAUUAUGGAUGGAACCCUGCGAUAUACAUCAAUUCUUGGAAGCAAACGAUGCCACUGGUAGAUCCUGUCACAAUGUCGACGCCAUCGACGCCCGCGAAGGCUAUGGGCAAAUCGCUCCCAAACACAGUCAAAGAUCCUUCACCACCACCAAAAGCUGGCAGCCACACCCGCAGCCCCGUCGAGAGCCCCAGCAAUAGCUACUACAUAGCUGCUUCGAUACCUGCGCUGCAGCUGCAGAUAUUCGUUCUCCUCUGGAAGCGUUUGGUCGAUGACCCGGUCGCAACCAUGAGCCGUUUGAUCUUGCCUGUGAUGGCAUUGAUUCAGGUCUUCUACGCCGUUGUCCUUCUCCCCGUUGCAGGCUCAGGCAAACAGUGGCGCAAACCGAGGCCAGGCGAGAAGAAGAAGGCCCAAGGCGGGGAACCUAAUAUUGCGUUGGCCACCCUGCUCUCCCUUCUUCUCACUCUCAUCGCGACUCCGCCUAUUCAUGCACUAAUGGUUCUAUUCGGCGCGCCGUUCCUCACACACGCGCCUCACACUUUCUUGUGUGCGCUGAAUCUCUCACUGCUGACCCUGUUUCCACUAUUUUAUACCCGCGGUGCCGAGGCCAGCGCCUGGCGCGCACUGGCUGGAUUCACUGCACCCAUCGACGAGAGUGUGGGAGGCCUUGUUGGAGCAUGCUUUGGUGCGUGGCUGGGAGCCGUUCCCAUCCCUCUCGAUUGGGACAGGGACUGGCAGCGUUGGCCUGUGACUGUGCUGACGGGUAUAUACGUGGGCUACGCGAUUGGGUCCUAUGGUGGCAGGACUCUGCUUAGGAUUAGGGGCUACAGCGCCAAGAGGUCUUGAGGGCGAACUCGAGUGCAAGUGGCUCGCUGUUCCCCGUUGCAUUCUGCAUGCAUGGGCUAUGUAGGGGCUGUCCAAAUUAUUAUGAGAUGCAAUCACUCGGCCGUUUGAAUUCGCUUAGAAGUUGGCUUGAGACAAAUCUCCCUACCAAAAAAAAAAAAAAAAAAAGAUAUGUAUAUCAUUUGGUUUUUAAAAAAAAGUUCUUUGGGGCAGCAUUGUACAAAAUCAAGACUGAGGUGGGAACUGCAAAAUAUAGCCAAUAAUCCAGGCAGGGUCCAUGUAUAACAUUACUAGUAUGACAUGAAAACGGUUGGCUUGAUACAAGCUAGUUCCUUCC